UUUGAUGACACUUUUUCAAGAGGUUGUGGUGGAAUAUGUUCCUCGGACUGAAAACCAGCGGGCGGACGCGUUGGCCAAAUUGGCGAGCACGCGGAAGCCCGGCAACAAUAGAAGUGUGAUUCAGGAAACGCUGGCGUUCCCCAGCAUUGAAGGCGAGCUCAUGGCAUGCGUGGACAGGGGAGCGACGUGGAUGGGACCUAUAUUGUCCAUCUUAGCGGGGGACCCAGCGGAAGUGGAGCAAUGCACGAAGGAACAACGGCGAGAGGCGAGCCACUAUACUCUCAUCGACGGACAUUUGUAUCGCCGUGGUUUUUCGGCGCCAUUGUUAAAAUGCGUACCGCCGGAAAAAUACGAGGCGAUAAUGUCUGAGGUGCACGAGGGAGUGUGCGCAAGCCACAUUGGGGGGAGAUCUUUGGCUUGCAAGGUGUUGAGGGCGGGAUUCUACUGGCCCACCCUCAGGAAAGACUGCAUGGACUUUGUGAAAAAAUGCAAAAAAUGUCAAGUGUUUGCUGAUUUAUCUAAGGCACCGCCAAAGGAGCUGGUAACGAUGAGCGCCCCAUGGCCCUUCGCCAUGUGGGGGGUGGAUCUAGUAGGGCCUUUUCCGAUCGCCAGGUCGCAAAUGAAGUUUAUAUUGGUAGCGGUGGAUUAUUUCACUAAAUGGAUUGAGGCCGAGCCCCUGGCCAAAAUAACCUCUGCGAAGAUAGUCAACUUCUACUGGAAGCGAAUUGUUUGCAGGUUCGGGAUCCCAAGGGCGAUCGUAUCCGACAACGGGACCCAGUUUUCAAGCAACCAAACUAGAGAAUUUUGCAGGGAAAUGGGCAUACAGAUGAGGUUUGCCUCUGUGGAGCAUCCGCAAGCAAACGGGCAAGUGGAAUCUGCAAACAGGGUAAUCCUGCGUGGAUUAAGGCGACGGCUCAAGGAGGCUAAGGGAGCCUGGCUGGAGGAACUCCCGGUGGUGCUAUGGUCAUACAACACCACUGUGCAAUCCACUACAAGGGAAACCCCCUUUAGAAUGACCUAUGGGGUUGAUGCUAUGUUGCCAGUGGAGAUUGACAACUUCACAUGGCGAACCCAGCCAGAUUUUGAAGGGGAGAAUCAAGCCAAUAUGGCGGCGGAGUUGGACCUUUUGUCGGAAACGCGUGAUGAGGCGCACAUUCGGGAAACAGCGAUGAAGCAGCGCGUGGCGGCAAAGUUCAACAGCAGGGUUCGCGUCCGAGAUAUGCAGGUCGGCGACCUGGUCCUCAAGUGGCGAUCGGGAGCCCCGGGAAACAAGCUCACGCCUAACUGGGAAGGGCCAUACCGCAUUAUUAAAGUUCUUGGCAAUGGGGCCUAUCACUUAGAAGAGCUUGAUGGAAGGCGGCUACCUCGGUCGUUCAAUGGUUUGAGCUUGCGUUACUAUUAUAGUUGAUCGCAGGCGAGAAAGCGAACAAGGCGGAGUCGCCGGAGCCAGAUAUCUUUAAAAUUUUCUGAAAAGUGUUUUCAAAUUCUCCAAUGUAUUGCAAUAACAAAGCGUGCUCUUUUUCUCCGAAAGGAGUUUUUUAAUGAGGCGCUCCAUCAAUAGAAUAAAACGAAAAUUCACGAAAUUCGUGUCCAAAAAUUCCAGGGAUUCCCUGACGAUCGGAAUUGCCGAUCGACAUAAAGAAUUACGGCGAUCACUAAGUGGGACAGGCUUGAUCCCCAAAGGGGCCUGCUGGAACCUUGAAGGUGGCGGCGAUUCCACAAAUGGCCUUUGACGCUUGGGAAUCACCCCCCGGAAAGUCUGACGUGAUCGCCGGUCCCGUAAACGAUGUGCUGGAUAAGUCUCGCCAAAAUACGACGAGCACCGUUAACUAGGCGAAAGUCUUGGGACUCCCAAAUGGCCAUUAGGAUCCAAGCAUUGUAAGCCCCGAGCGGGCAAAGCCCUCGAGAAUGGAGGCCGUUUCUUCCUUUGGGGAAAACGUCUAAAGUCUUGGUGGUGGAAUACCAAGCAACAAGUCCUAGUUAAAAUUAAUGCACGAAGUCGUUAGGCGUAAUUCAAUCAUAUGACGCGUGAAAAAAUAGCGCAAGAUAUAAGGUAGGCGAAUGAAUAAGGUGGAAGGCGAGUGCUUGGACAUUCAGGAUGUUGAGUAUUUUAUUACUCCGGCGUGGUGGGGCGUUAAACUAUGAAAUUCAUGCAUGGAAUUCAUUGUUAAAUUUUUUAAGCAAUAAGAAGGCGGCGACCAAAAAUGUACGGCGAAAGUAUUCCAACAUGAUUUACAAAAUAUCCAACGGCGAUAUGAAAAGCUAUGGCGAAGGGUUGCUUAAACAUAGAUGAAUGGCGGAAAAGUACACUACAAAGGGACAGUAAAAGCUAAAUGACUUAAAAAUUACAUUAUUCAUUGUUUUCUUCUUCUUCCUCUUUCUCUUCCUCUUCCUCUUUUUCUUCAGUCGCCGUCCAGAGGUGUUGGUCAAUCAGGGGAGGAUCGUCAGGACCAAUCAGUCCUUCAGCGGUUAUCUCUUUCAUUACUCCCAUGGCGCUAAAGUCAAAGUUCGGGUACAAAUGUUGGGCCUGAUCUUUGGCGAGGUAGAAACCGCGCUCGCGGUUGUCAAGGGCAAUGUCAGCAGCUUGUUCCCUCGCCUCAGUGGCUUUGGCUUUCUCCGUCGCCAGCUCGUCCUCGAGCACUUUGAUUUUUGCCAGUUGGGAAGCAAUCUCGGCAUCUUUCGUGGCGAGGGCCUCGGCGUGAGCGCCGGUCGUUUUCUUGAUUUCCUCAGAUGUGGCUUGCAUCACCGCCUCCAUGUCAGAUCUCGCCAGGGCCAGGGACUCGGCAGACUUUUUCUCUUGCUCCGCCAGCGCCUUCUUCACUAACUCCAGCUCAGCGCGCAAUGUUGCGAGCUCCGACUCCUUAGCAACCAGCGCUUCGCCGCUGGCGAUCAGGUCCUUCUCAGUUUGCUCUUUUUCCUUUUUGCAAGCUUGAAGACUUGCAUCAAGAUCAUCCGCUUCUUCCUUCAUCAACGCCAGCUAAUCCUCCAGUUCGCCGAUUUUAAUUCCCGCCGAGCCAAUCAACUUGUCGGUUAGAACUUUGUCUUUUCCUGCCUGCGUCGCCAGUUUGUCGAAGCGCUUUUCCCAAGCAGCGGCGGCUUCUUGAUGUUGAGCGCUCUCGGCCUUCAACCGCUCAGCUUCGGCGGUGGCGGCGUUGAACUUCUCAAACGCAUGGGCAAAGAUGCACCCAGCGCGUAGGAGACAAGCAAGAGUUUCCUCCUUGGUUUCAUUAAUGCCCCGACUCAAGACUUCUUUCUCUAUGACUUCGCGGUUGAGGCCGGUAAGCAAGAAUUCGGAAGGUUCAAUGACGUUGGGAAGCAUGUUGAAGUAGCUGGAGGAACCGCUCUCUUUACCAGGAGCUUGCUCGAUCUGGGUAGCGGCGACAUCGGAAGGUCCCUCUUCACGGCGAGGUGGAGAAGACACGGGGCACCCAUCAUCUGUUGGGGGCGGGCUAGGAGGUGCGACCUGGCGGAGAAGAGACUGGGGGGUUUCAUCUUCUUUUCCUUUCUCCCCGGCAGGAGCGUCAGACGACGCGGCAGCUGUUGUGGCAUUAACGGUGGCGGGCUCCUCAACUGCUGGGGGUUGGGAGAUGUUGGCGGUUGUGUCGGCGGUUGGUGACUGAUCAGCAGAGGUAGCUGUAGCGCCAACAGUAGUGGACUUGGCGGCGGCUGCGGAGGCCACGUCCGCGGUAGCAGAUUUGGGGGCCGGGACAGUGAUUGUCUCGGUAGCUGCGGCGGCGGAGGCUUUAUCAACACUUUUGCCUUUAGACGCAGCGGCAGUGGUGGGCUGAGCGCCAGGGUUGGAAGGGCCGGCGACGGAGGAGGCUUUGACCAAUUUUCUCCUCUUAGGGGCUUUGGCGCCCUCACCUUGGUUCUCAGCGCCGCCCCGCUUUUUCACGUCGCCCUCAGCGUUGAACUUUGGGGAAAAGCGAGCCAUUCUCCUCUCGCGGGCUUUCAGGAGUUCGGCGUUUGUGAAGUUCAUAUCUUCUGCAACAAUAAAAAAAAAACAUCAAUAACAACAUAAGAGGCGAGAAAGAAAAUGUCGAUAAUAGAAGUAAGCCAUGGACGACCUAAGUAUUUGGGAGUCCUUGAGGAGCCAGCACCCUCAAGGACUGUUGAGCAGUCAAGGAUGGGGAGUGGGGCAAGGAGAUUCAGAAAAGCUUUGUCGUUGGCGGACAAGGAUUCCUCGGAAGGAUCAGUAAUCCCAUUGGGCUUUUCCAUCCAGUAAAGAGGGAAAAGGGCGGUCCCGUCCCUAAGGGUGAAGGCCUCCGGGUAGGCGGGGUGAACCGCCACGCGAAAGUACUUCCGUGCGAAGGAGGUCUUCGCGUUACUUUUGUGGGGAUUCAGGCACUUCCGGCCGGCCCGGGCCUUUAAGGAAAUCCAUCCUUUGUUUUUGAUGGAUUUGGGGUCAACAUCGUAGAGGUAGAAGAAACUGGUGGGGGAUGGGGCGAUGCCAACCGCGGCGCAUAAGAUUUCAAAGCACCGAAUGAAGGCCCAAGCGUUGGGGUGAAGUUGGCAGGGCGCCGCAUUGAUGUCGCGGAGGACGGUUUGGACAAAAGGCGAAAAAGGGAGCCUGAUUCCAAGCUCGCUAAACAUGUAUUCGUACGCAAAGAAAAAGUGAGAUCUCUUUACGUCGCCGUCUAGCUUGUGAGCCCAGGGGCGGUCCUCAGGAAGGCAAAUCCAGAUCCUGAGUUUGGCGUUAAACUCGUCAUCAUUGGACAAGCCACCCAAGGAACCCACGAAUUCCACUAUGAGGUUGCUAUCUUGGAAGAUGGAAGGUUGGUCUAUGGCCUCAUGUUUGGGGGCUACUUGGACUGGAAGGGGCAGAGUGGCGAAGGUUUUUAGCCGGUAAGCAGGGAUCUCCGGGACCUCUAAACGGAGGCCGCCGGCUGCGGUGGAAUCAGGGUCGCUUUCGGAGGAGGAAGUGGAGUGAUUAGGGGAGGUAGGGUUUGAAGCCAUUUUAGAAACCAGCGAAGUGAAAGACAGGAGAAGAUGAGUAUGUAUAUGAUGCAAAGAUAAGGGCAGUAGGACUCACCGGAGUAAGAUGUGAAGAGUGGGUAGCGGAAGGGGUGAUAAGCGAUGGCUCCGGAACGGAAGUUGGCAGAAGGAGUCUGGUAAGGGAUUAGGGAGGUGAAGAGGGGUUUCGGAAAGGGAUGAUUGUAGGGAAGAAGGGUUUUUAUAGGGAAAGGGGGGAGUCUGGAAGGGUGACGCGUGUUGGACGCGUGUGGAAGGUUGGAAGUCAUGAUGGUUUUUGGGGAAGUGGGUUGCGUGUAAUGGGGAGUUAUUACGCACGAUGGGACGAUUAUGAAAAGUGAAGUGACGUUUCCGGAGAAAGAGGGAAAUUGAUGUAACUGACGCAUCACGUGGGGCAGUUGAGGAUUCGAAGGGUUUUUGAAAUAGGGGAAAGCGCGAAAGGCCUCGCCACUAUAAUAGCCAAACAUCAUCGCCCGAUAGGUGAUACCAGCAACAAAGUUUAGUCGCUCGCCGGGAAUACUGCCAAUCAACGUUUGGGUGGUCGGCGCGUGACCAAUGCCUGCCACCUUUCCCGCCGGUAGACGAUCAUGCACCUGUUCCAGCUGACCGCCAGUACGGAGCGAUCGCUCUCGCCGCUUGUGGACUUGUGGACUCGCCGGCUCAGGUCGCUCGCCGCUUGUGGACUUGUGGACUUGUCGGCUCAGGUCGCUCGCCGCUUGUGGACUUGUGGACUUGUCAGCUCAGGUUGCUCGCCAAGUCAGUGGACUGGAUGACUAAAGAUGCUAGUUUCCUUUUGCUCACGCCAUGUUGGCAACAUAGUUUGCUUUUCUUCUCUUAAGCCAUGUUGGCAGCUCAAAUCCCAGUGUAUUAUAGGACAUAUGUAAAGGCAUUUAAAAGACACACUUAGCUCUCAUACUUCAAGCUCGGUGUCUUGUGGACUAGUGGACUGGGCGAGCCCCUAGAGGGGCAACGCCUAGCAUGUAGCCCGCCCCGGGGCAGGGCCCUAACCUUAAGAUGGGCCUUGGCUUCGGAGGCCCAAUUGGCCCAAGAGAUAGUGCCCAAACUCUAUAAAUAGGGGGGAGUUACCAAUUGUAAGGGACUUUUGCUCAUUUGAUGAAAUCAUACAUGAAAUUCAGCAUUCUCUUUCUCAUUCUCAUUCUCUCUCUAGCACAAUUCUCCACUCUCUAGGUACUAUACCUUUCUUCAAUGUUCAUUGCUAGAACAAGUUCCCUCAACAUCUGUGCAAGAGAGAAAUAUAUAUGGAAGGGAUGAAGACAAGAAGGCCAUAAUUGACUUACUGUUAGAUGAUAAUAAUGGAGGUGAAGAAUUAGCUGUGAUUCCUAUUGUGGGCAUGGGUGGAGUAGGAAAGACCACUUUAGCCCAAAUGGUGUACAAUGAUGACAACUUGAAGCACAAUUUUAAUUUUGAUUUCAAAGCAUGGGUUUGUGUUUCUGAAGUAUUUGACAUCAUGAGGGUUACAAAAACUUUGACAGAGGCACUAACUCAACAUGCUUGUCAGGUCAAUGAUCUAAAUUUACUUCAAGAAAAAUUGGUGGAAAAGUUGAAGGGGAAAAAAUUCUUAAUUGUUUUGGAUGAUGUUUGGAUGGAAGAUUAUGAUAGUUGGAAUCUUCUUAAAAAACCUUUGCAAUAUGGGAUUAGGGGAAGCAAAAUUCUUGUAACAACCCGCAGUGAAAAGGUUGCUUUUGUAGUCCAAACAGUUCAAACCUACCAUUUAAGCCAACUGUCAAAUGAAUAUUGUUGGUCAGUGCUUGCAAACCAUGCGUGUCUUUCCCUAAAAUCUGAUAAGAGUACAACAGCUUUGGAGAAAAUUGGCUUGGAGAUUGUUAAGAAGUGUAAGGGACUGCCUUUAGCUGCACAAUCACUUGGGGGUUUAUUGCGAAGAAAGCGUGAUAUCAGGGAUUGGAAUAAUGUGCUGAAUAGUGACAUUUGGGAAUUACCUGAAAGUGAAAGUAAGAUUAUUCCAUCAUUAAGAAUUAGUUAUCAUUAUCUCCCUCCUCAUUUGAAGCGUUGCUUUGUUCAUUGUUCUUUAUAUCCAAAAGAUUUUGAAUUAAAAAAAAACGAUGUGAUCCAGUUGUGGAUUGCUGAAGAUCUUAUACCACCACCAAAAAAAGGAAAAACUUUAGAAGAAGCUGGCCAUGAGUAUUUUGAUUAUUUAGUUUCGAGCUCAUUUCUUCAACGCUCGAGUCCUACUCGAUGGAAUGAGGAGUCUUUUGUGAUGCAUGAUCUCAUGCAUGAUUUGGCAACAUUAUGCGGUGGAGAAUUCUACUUUAGAUCAGAUGAUCUUGGGGGAGAAACUAAGAUUGGUAGCAAAACUCGUCAUUUGUCAUUCCUCAAUUUCAGUUGUCCCAGGUCGGAAAAUGUUGGAUUCUUUAGUGGUGCUAAAUUCCUAAGAACGUUUUUUAGAACCAAUUAUGAAAAACAUUCAUUUGAGGAUGACGAGGUAGUGUGUAUUGAGCUGUCAAAUCUUGAGUACCUGAGAGUUUUAUCAUUUACUUCCUUCAAAAAGCUCACUGCAUUGCCUGAUUCUAUAGGCGGACUAAUCCAUUUGCGUUAUUUGGAUCUCUCUAGCACAGGAAUAAACUCAUUGCCAGAGUCAUUGUGUAAUUUGUAUAAUCUGCAAACAUUGAAGCUGGAACAUUGUUAUAGCCUGACUAUGCUACCUAGUGGGAUGCAAAAUCUUGUAAACUUGCACUAUCUUUGCAUUCAUGGAACUUCUAUAAAAGAGAUGCCGAAAGGAAUGAGCAAAUUAAAGCAAUUGCAACAUUUACCUUACUUUAUUGUGGGUAAGCAUGAACAGAUCAAGAUCAAGGAACUUGGAGGGCUUUCAAAUCUUCAUGGACGAUUUUCAAUUAGAAAAUUGGAGAAUGUUGAGAAUGGUAGUGAAGCGUAUGAGGCAAAAAUGAUGGAUAAGAAGCACAUUCGCCAUUUAAUAUUGGCUUGGUCUUUGGAUAAAGAUUGUAUUGAUUCCGGAAUUGAAAUGGAUAUACUUUGCAAGUUAGAGCCUCACCAAGAUCUUCAGUCCCUAGAGAUAAACCGCUACAGGGGUACAAGAUAUCCGGAUUGGGUUGGAAAUCCUUACUACCACAAUAUGACUAGAAUAACGUUGUAUGGGUGCAAAAACUGUGUUAUUCUCCCUUCACUUGGACGUCUUCCAUCUCUCGUGCACCUGGGUAUUUAUCGUUUGAAGACGAUAGAGAAGGUUGAUGCCAGUUUUUUGAACAAUAAUACUAAAAAUGAUGGGUCUUUGUUGACACCCUUUCCCUCACUUGAAUCUCUUGAAUUUAAGAAGAUGCCUUGCUGGGAGGUGUGGAGUUGUUCUGAGCCACGUGCUUUUCCUCAACUUAAGCGCCUGACGAUUGAAGAUUGUCCAAAAUUGAAGGGAGAUUUGCCAAGUCACCUCCCUGCUCUAGAAGAACUUGAGAUUAAAGAUUGUGAGCAACUUGCAUGUUCUCUCCCAUGGGCUCCCGCCAUACGCCAAAUGACGAUAAUUAAAUCCAAAAUAGUAGUCUUGCAAGAGUUACCAGUUUCAAUAGAAUGUUUGACAAUCGAAGCAAGCCCAAUGGUGACGGAAUCCAUAUUUGAAGCAUUCAUUAACAAGAAACCAACUUGUCUCAGAUCUUUAGAAUUAAGGGAUUGUUCUUGUUCAUUUGGCAUGUCAUUUCCAGGUGGUUGUUUACCCGCAUCACUGAAGACUUUGUAUAUAGAGGAUUUUAGAAAACUAGAAUUCCCUCAGCAGCAGAAACAGACACACGAGUUACUAGAGUGGCUGGAAAUAAAGAGCAGCUGUGAUUCGCUUACGUCUCUCCCACUGGAGUCUUUUCCAAAUCUCAAACGACUAUCCAUCUCAGGUUGUGAAAGUUUAGUAUCUCUUUCGGUGUCAGAGUCACGGGUUUUUGCACUUCAAAAUCUGAUCCUACUUGAGGUUCGGGAAUGCCCCAAUUUAGUAUCAUUAGCAAGAGAAGGAUUGGCUGCGCCCAACUUGAUUCGCAUCGUUGUUUCUGAUUGCGACAAGUUAGAGUCAUUGCCUCCUCAGUUGAAUACUCUUCUCCCAAAUUUGAAAUCGCUUCAGAUAGGUAACUGCCCUAGAAUCGAGUCGUUUCCUGCCGAAGGUAUGCUGCCUAGCUUGACAUUUAUUGAGAUCAGUAAUUGUGAGAAACUAGUGAGCGGCGUAGCAUGGCCAUCCAUGGACAUGCUUACCCAUGUCAGGAUAAAUGGUCUAUGUCAUGGGAUCAAGUCCUUCCCAAAAGAGAGUUUGCUGCCUCCCUCCCUUCAGUCGCUAUAUCUAGGCCAAUUUACAAGUCUCGAGACGUUCGAUUGCAAGCAGCUUCUCCACCUCACCUCCCUCCAACGAUUAGCAAUUGAUGAUUGUCCAAAGCUGAACAACAUGGCGGGAGAAAGGUUGCCUGCCUCUCUAACUGAGCUUCACAUCUCUGCAUGCCCUUUGCUGACAGAACAGUGCCCAUCAUUUCCCACAUCCACUGCAUUGAGGGUUGAAUGGGAAGUAAUUUCAUGAACCGGAUUAUCAACAGAUUGUUAUGUGGCCAGAAUGAUCGCAGCAUUGAACUGUGCAGCCAAAGUGAAGAUUUUUUGUUUACCAUCAUUAGGAAAUGAGCACACUUUCAAAGGAAAUACACCCGUUAAUCAAAUUGGGUUAAGAAGUUUGCCUAUCAUUCUCAAGAUUGGAAGAGGAAAAUAAAAUGCAGAUAUCUUAUGGUUAAAUAGCCUGGAUAAGCAGCCUGUGCCCAUGGAUCUGAAAUUAAGUUUGAACAGGAGCUGAAGAUAAAUUUUGAUAUACUUGACAUGAAACAUUAUCGAUAGCUGAUUAUUUACUUGGAGGCUUCUCAUUUGAUAUCAUGUGAAGGGUAAACAGGCAACCCAAGGUCGUUAGCAGCUGGAAGUUUCAACAUUCUACAGUUUUAUGGUAGCAAAAUAGUAAGCGUCAUGAAAUGUCCUAGCUUAUGACUUCGUAACGAUCCAUAAUGCACUGCUUAUUCUUAUAACAGUCAUCGAACUUGUAGAAUUUACUUUUGUAUUUGCUGGAUGGAGACAGGAUCUCAUUGACGAUCCAUAUGUCAUUGAUCCAGCAAAUACAUACUGAUGCUUUACACGGUCUGCUUAUAUGCUGUUGCCAUAAAACAAGAAAGCUGUGCAGAUUCUUUUUCUUUAACAUAAUCUAUUCUCAAAAACUUCAGUUGCCA